AGGCGGAGAGAGGAGAGCCUGUCCCCCUUUGUCUGCUGCUGCCGCUGCGACUGAGCGGCCCGGGAAAGGGGGCGUGGCCAGGCAGCAGCGAAGGCGGCUCCUCGCGCGGACUAGUUGCUUGUGGAGACUCCAGCUGGCGCCGCCGCCGCCGCCACAGCCAGCAUCGGGGCGGACCAUGUUCCGAGGAAGCUGGGGACAGCCAGGCAGCCGCGCGGGCUCCGCCACCCCAGGGAGCUGGAACUGGUAACGCGCCCCAAGCUGCUGCUGGGGGAGGCCCCUCCCCAGCCCCCCAGAGACGAAGCCACGCCGGGGGGCAGCAGCAACCUCAGCACCAGCUUCACCGCCAGCUCGGCGAGGAGCACCAACAACAACAGCGCCAGCAGCAGCAGCAGCACCACCUCGGGAUCCAGCAGCACCAUGGACCUCUCCUUUAUGGCCGCGCAGCUUCCAGUUAUGGGAGGAGCCUUCAUGGAUUCACCCAACGAGGACUUUAGUACGGAAUACUCCUUGUUUAAUUCCUCCGCCAACGUCCACGCAGCUUCUUCGAUGCCGAACCAGCCUGAAGACGCCUCCCGUUCUUCAAACGACGCCAUUUUGUUAUGGAUUGCAAUUAUAGCCACAAUUGGAAACAUAGUUGUUGUCGGAGUUGUGUAUGCCUUCACGUUCUGAGAAGAAAGGACAACAGCUCGGGGAGGUGGACAGUUGCUGUUUCAUCAGCGCAGAGUGUGUGUAUGUAUGUAGAUAUAUAUAUGCGCACAUGCCUAUAUACAAAUGUAAAUCUUUUUAAAUAUUUGUAGGUAGACCCUUGUUAGCUAAGAACAAGCUUAACCAAUAGGUGACCAAAAGAUAAAUGGGGGGGGGAGCCACCCUUGAAGUCCUUUGUAAGUGAUGUGGGGAGGAAGCAUCUCAUUAACAGCAUAAUCAAUUAAAUGUAAAGUUUAACAUGAAAA